AUGGUUAAGCGAGCCUCGUGUCCUUCAUCACUCUUCCAUACGUGGGAAACUUUUCUCCAAGAGAUAGAAGCGGAUGUUGUCGGCUUCAGUAAUGCAGCAACAUCGCUCGAGAGGUCGGUAGCUGUUCCGCUCGUGGAGAAGACCUUCCACAUGAAAGUCCAGGCCAGGAAGCUGUUCGCGCAUCGAGAAGGCUGCGAAGUUAUAUUGGGGAAGGCAGAUGAUCAACUUAAUAAGAGUCGACAAGAAUACAGAGCGGCCUUCCUAAACUACUGUGACAAUUCGAGCCCAGUCAACCUAGCAACGUACUACGAUUCGCAUAACAACUACGUACAGCAAUUGACGGCGACGAACGCAAUGAUUGAACAAUAUCAUAAGCAUACACUGCCGACUAUAUUACAGGAAUUGGAGGAAAUUUUAACGGACGUCACGACGGCCGUCAGCGAUGCUAUUUGUCAGGAGGGGGAAAUUAUCUCGGAAAAGUGCAACCAUCAGCUAAGAAGAUACGAGUCUCUUUGCGCCCAGGCUCGCGCAGUAUCCAGUACAGCUGAUUUGGCCCAUCUAGCCAGAACUCUACUGAACAACCAGCCACCUAUGAGGACCCCCAAAAGAGCAUUCCUGCCACCAUAUCCACCAGAACCUGAUGAUCCACCCAUUGACGUUCCAGCGGAAACAAUGCCUCCGGUACUGAGAGGAGAAAUGCUGCUAGAUCGAAUGGGAGGUGGACAAGCGAGACUCAACUACGAGCAAUUGAGAAAAGACGCAAUUGAUCUCGAAAUGCAAAUCAAACAGUUACAGGAGAGCUUGGAGUCGUUGAUUCGCCUUCAAAACCGAAGCAUUGAGACCAGCAUUUACAGCAAAGCGAACGAAAUUCAAGAAGAAAUAUCUAUAAAGAAGUAUGAUUAUAGAGCUACUCAACUACACCUCGCGGCAGUUAGAGCUCAGUCGAGUAAACAUAACUUAAUAGAAAUGGCAGGUGAAGCGUGCCGUUUUGUUUUUAAUGAAAUUUGUUUAUUAUUCGUCGUCAGCAGUGUUUACUUCAUAGAACGCGACCCAAAACUCAAAGGUGCCAAAAUCAUGAAACAAGUAUCAGCAAAGAAAAAUAGUUUAAAAUAUGACGACGAAAACGUCAGAUAUAAGCUAAAUACUCAGUAUUUCAAUAACAUUACAAAGUCUAAAUUAAAUAAUGACGACGAUGACAGCAUACGCUAUAAACUUGCUCCUGUACCCAAAACAAAAGCAUCUAACAAGAAACCAAAAAAAAAACCAACAAUAAAAGUGAACUUUUGGAGUAAUAAGCUAAUCUUGCAAAAAACCAAGCGAACAACAAAAAACUCACUAAAACACAGACAUACAAUAGAUGUCACAGAUAGUGUGGAACCAAAUAAACCAACAAAUCCUGUUGUGAAAAUUCGGAAACAUGUAUCUUUUCUUCCGUCACCAAUUUUCACUGAAGACCAUGUACCAAUGGUCACAGUUCCAGAUGACUUAACAAUUCAGCUAAAUACUACCAAAAAUCAGUCUAUAGGCAAAUUAAACUUGGAUAAUGUACAGAAUGAAAAAGAUAUCAACAAAUUGCACGAGCAAAGCAGAAAGAAAUCCAGAUCUUCAACGACACAAACUAGCCCAAGAAGCCCAAAAGGACCAAAUAAUGACUCUCAAACAAUUUGGGGGAACGAGAAUGAAUUAGAUUUCUUCUCUAAGUAUGUUGUACAGAAAUUAAGACGCAUGGAAACGAAUCAACGCAUUUAUUCAGAAAAUCUAAUCAAUACCGUGCUAAUGCUAGGUCAGCUGGGAAAGUUGAAUGUCAAAUCACACAUAGGUGAAACAUAG